AUGGCUCCUCCAGCAGCUUCGUCUGAGGGUAUUACUGCCCAAUCAGACCUUGGCGAAUCUGACGACAGUUCAUCCUUCUUAAAACGCUCGAUUGACAUGAACCGACUGAAGCCAAGACGGGAGAUGUUAUCCCUCACCAACCGCGCGACACUAGAGCACCGCUCAUUAUCAGGAGGAGGAGUUGCUGGAGUCGUUAUUGGUGUCAUUGUCGCCGUCUUCCUCGUCGGUGUUUGCGCCUACCCAUUUAUCGUUCGGAGGAGAAGAGCUAGGAGAAAUGAAUUGCCCGAACGCCUCGACACGGAAACGGCCUUCGUCCCCGGGCCUAUGGGUCCUCCAGGACAGGCGCCGGCGCCCGGACCCGGACCCGGAAUCAACAGCCGUCUUUCUUCAGAAAAUUCCUUUGGAAACAAGGCCGACACCCUGAGGGGUACAGAGAGACAGUCUACCAAGGACACGACCCUAUCAUCUCACAACGGCACCGACCGUCCUCCCAGCGAUGAAGUGAGCAACCAGCACCAGCGUGGCUUCACCGGCGACAGCACUCAUCCACCUAGUGUCACGACGAGACGCGGCACCACCGAGUACUCUUUUGGACAUGCGCCCACAUGGAACAGCGACUCGUCCUAUCCAUGGACCCCCGUGGGUGUCGAGCUGGUUGCCACUCGAGCCGAUGGCAUGGACUACACCGAAGCCAAUCAUGGACAUAGCGCGACCUACUACAGCCCGACGAUUCCUUCCGAGGCCUUUGGCAUGGUCACGCCGCCUCCGACCGACGAGCCUCAAAGUCGCGCGGCACUUCCUAGACGGUCAAGCUCCCGAGGAAGCUCGUUCAAGCUCAACCUAGCAAGCAUAAUACGUCGCACGAGCACCAAGGAGUCAGCAACCGUUCGCUCAAAGGGUCACCUGUCGCAGCCCGUUCUUAGCGAAACACUAUCAGAAUCUCCCACCGAGUUUACCGGUCCAUCUUUCGGAACCGCUCAGCUGGAUUCACCCAUUCACCUACCUGUUAGCCCCAUGUCGGAGCCUGAGGACCCUGGCCACGCUUCGGAGCUGGAAAAGAAAAGAGCAGCCAAGCCGACUGAAUCCCCUCCUUUUCUUCCUCCGGCUGUACCGGCUCCUGGGACUGUGAAUCCAAUGGACAUCAUGGCACCGUCAAAUCCGACAGAGCACAAGUGGAACACGAACCAGCAGCUGUUCAAUAUCGCGCAUCCGCCCCCUAAGCCGCCUGUCGACACUCCAAAGCCAAUAUCAGAACCGCCGCAAGCAACUCAAGCUCUUACGCCACAAUCACCGGAACAAUCAUACGAACAGCAGGAACAGUAUAUUCUCCAGCAACAGCAGCAGCAGCAGCAGCAACAGGAACUUCAACGUCAGCAGCAAGAAGCAAAUGGACCAUCAAAGUUAUAUGGGAACGAACAAUACCAGGCGAUCAACUGGAACCUCACAAAUGGUAGCCAUGCAAACGGCGCUAUUCCAGAUGUACAGAUGAACGGUGUCGCGCAACUACCCGAUCCCACCCACCUCAUGCCUGAUCAACAUAAUCAACAUAACCAGCACUACCUCGAUGGCGAAAUGACCGACCCAUCUGAUCACUCCCCGCCGGUAGCUGGACAAGCUAGUUCCGGCCCAUCUUACCAAAGCACGCCAAACACCCAAAUCGACAGCAGUCCGUCUCCUCGAUCAGAUGGCAGCUCGGAUAUCCGCAAUAGCACUUCACCGUAUCCAGGAAUGCAGCCAUCCCCUCGGACCUUUAUUUGCGAUGAAUGUGGCAGGUUUUUCGACCAAGUUCAUAAGCUGAAUCACCACAAACGGUACCAUGAGAGACCUCAUGAAUGUGCCCAUCCGAACUGCGGAAAGAGAUUCGGUACUAAGACACAUCUGGAUCGUCACAUCAACGAUAAACACAAGAAGACGAAGAAGUUUCAUUGCACCGUCAGCACUUGCCCCUAUUCCAAGGCGGGAGGCAAGUCAUUCCCCAGAAAGGACAACUGGAGACGGCAUAUGAUGAAUAUCCAUCAAGUCACGCCAAUGGCCGACCCGGAACCCGACAUCGUCGACGAGAAUAUGGGAGGAACAUAA